AUGGAUGACAAUGUUGUGCAAACAAAUGGUCCUGAAAAUGUUGUAGAUGUAAAUGCUCAAACUCAGGAGAAUGUUGAAGACAAAGAUGAGAGUUCUGAUAGGAAAAGAAAAUUAACAUCUGAUGUAUGGUUAGAGUUUGAAAGAAUAAAAAAUAAAGAUGGGAGUCAGAGUGCCAAAUGUAACCAUUGCAAGACUCUUUUUAGACAGAUAAUUGACUGCAUAUUGGAUUGGAAACUUGAUGAAAAAUUGUUCUCCAUGGUGUUAGAUAAUGCUAGUGUUAAUGAUGCAAUGGUGAGGACCUUGAAAAGUUGGCUUUGUGACAGGUCUGCUAUCCCAUUGAACGGUAAACUAUUUCAUGUUUGUUGUAGUGCACAUAUUCUUAAGUUGGUUGUUCAAGAUGGUUUGAAAGUUAUUGGUGAAUUCAUUCACAAGGUUAAAGAAACCAUAAAAUAUUUGAAGCGUUCUCCAUAUGCGACACAAAACUUUAAUUCUAUGAAAGUUCAUCACAAGAUUAAGGAUAAAAAGAAAGUUCAAAUGGACUGGCCUACUAGGUGGAAUUCUACUUUUCUGAUGAUUAAAAGUGUGUUAGAGAUGAAAGGUGUGUUUUGGCGUUUGGCACAAACAUAUGUAAUUAUAAAUUCCAUCCAACUAACGAGGCGUGGGAAGUUGCACAAAUGA